CCGGAGGCAGAGGGGACUGACGAUUUGAUUUCCAUCAGAAGAACACGGGCGCCAAGUAUGAAAUGCGCGAGCGCGCGGCGCCCUCGCCAGCCUCAUUGGCGAUGCCAAAGCGUGCGCGAGCUCCGCCAAAUCCAUUUCUUCUCCCAACCUCCAUCCCCUCGCCGUCGUAUUCCUCCUCUCCCGCCUUCUCUUCUUCUACGCCACCUCCCCCGCCGCCUUCCGCCCUGGCCCCCUCCACCUACAACGCCAUGAUCGGCGCCCACGCCAUCCCCUCCUCCCCUCUCAACCCCCUCUCCCUCUACGCCCAAAUGCUCGGUGCUGGCGUCCGCCCCGACCACCUCACCUUCGCCUUCCUCAAGCACUGCUCCCUCCGUCUCGACUCCGCCGCCGGCCAGAGUCUCCACGCCAUAGUCUCCAAGUUGGGCCUCCAUUUAGACGUCUUCAUCGAAAACUCCAUGGUCCGCUUGUACUGGGGCAGCGGAUUCAUCGACUCCGCACGGAGGUCGUUCGACGAAAUGCUCCACAGAGAUAUAGUCUCUUGGAACUGGAUUUUGACAGGGUAUUUGAGGGGCGUGGAGCUCGAUUUGGCUCUGCGUCUGAUUCUGGACAUGAAGGAUAGGAAUGUCAUAACUUGGAAUUCUAUCAUUACUGGUUUGUGCAGGGUGGCCGUUUGAGGGAGGCAUUGACUUUGUUCCAUGAGAUGCUGCUUUACAGAACUGCCGUUGCCAGUGUAAUAGCAGCGACUCCUUUGCUGGGAUCUCUGGACCAGGGAGAAUGAGUAUAUGGUUUUUUGAAGAGGCACAGGCUGGAGUUUGAUGUUGUGAUUGGAACUGCAUUCAUAGUCAUGUAUGGGAAAUGUGGGUGUGUGCAGAGAGGUACGAAAUGUCCAAAAAGGAUGUUUUGUCAUGGAUGGCGAUGAUCUCAGCAUUUGCCAUACAUGGGCUUGGAGAAUAGGCUUUUAGUCUUUCAGAGGAGAUGGAAAAGCAUGAGAGCCUAAUUAUGUGACUUUGGUGUACUUCUAAGUGCUUGUGCCCCCAGCCCGGUAGAAAAAGGCUGGUGGUGGCUUGGAGCAAAGAAACAAGUCAAAUUAAUUGAGGUACAGCUGCAACAUUAUGCCUGCAUGGUUGAUUUGCUUGCAGGGCUAUCCAAAGACGCUGAAAGGCUGAUCAGAAGCAUGCCCAUGGAGCCAGACUCAUUUUUGUGGGGCAUUGCUUGGUGAGUGUCGGACACAUGAAAAUGUAGAUGUAGGAGAAAGAAUGGUUGGCUAUUUGAUCGGGUUGGAUCCUCUCAACCAUGCUUUCUAUAUAAUUGUAUCGGAUAUCUGUGCAAAAGGCUAACUUGUUUGAGGAUGUAAAGCAAGUUUGAUCUUUCAUAAAACAUCAUGGGAUAAAGAAAUCUGCAUCCGGUUGCUGUAUGAUUGAAGUUGAUGGACAGGUGCUUGAGUUUUCUGUAAAGGGGUCACCUGAGAACUUGAUGAACGAAAUGGAGUGGGUGUUGAAUGGGAUCAGCAGUAGGUCGCAGUCCACAUAUUACUUGCAUUACUAAGGAUGAGGAAAUGUUAAAGACCACAUGGACUUGUUAACAUGCAGCGGGCAUUCAGAAUGCAUUAUUGAACUUCAUGGGCUAUUACUUAGCCAUGAAAGCAUACGGGCAUUCAGAAAAUUAACUAUUGCUGAUAUUACUCCUUCUACCAAUUCUAUCGUCAAUACCGCUCAACGGUCCCUCCAUUCUUCUAGUGACUCUAGGCCCUCUAUUGGUCGUGGCUUUAAUCGAGGUCGUGGGGGGCGUGGCAGGUUUGGUCGAGGUCAUGAUCGUUUUGGUUCAUCUGGUGGUCGUGGUUCUCAAUGGUGUUUCUUUUGCAAUCGUAACAAUCACUCUAAUGCCACCUGCUUCUAUCGUCCUCAGCAGUCCUAUCCAUAUUCACCACAAUCCAAUGCAAAUUUUUCAUAUUCACUAUACCCAAAUCCAAAUCCAUCUCACCAUCACCCUAAUCCACCACUUCUCUCUACCCCUCACCCAUCCACCGCUCUCACCUGGUACCCUGAUACAGGAGCAUCUCACCAUGUUACUCCUGACAUUCAUUCUAUGUCCUCCUAUGUUGAGUACACUGGUCCUGAUCAGGUGCAUGUAUGCAAUGGAUCGAACUACCAAGACCACAGUAUUAUCCGGUCUGAGUGAAGGAGGAUUAUACACUCUCCGUUUCAGCACUUCUUCUUUGUCCGCAUCUGUUCACAUGGCCGAGAGCAUCACUCUUGAUGGCUGGCACAACCAUUUGGGCCAUCCUCAUUAUCGCUUGCUUCGCUCCACGAUAAAAAUCAAUAAUCUUCCCUGCAAGUCUACAUAUCUUCUUCCUUUUAGUCCCUCGUGUCAGUUAGACAAGUCCAGUAAGUUGCACUUAUCUCCAUCCCAUCGUCGUAGUCAAUUUUCAUUAGACCUCAUUUAUAGUGAUGUUUAGAGUCUUUUUCCUACUCCAUCUUUGUUAGGACAUCGCUAUUAUGUAAUUUUUGUUGAUGACCACAAUAAAUAUAUUUAGUUCUAUCCA